GGCAAAAUGUUACGAGUUUGGCCGUGUUCUCUGGGUGGGGUAAACCAUGAAGCGAAUGGUCUCGGGAGCGACUCGAGGGUAUUUUCAUCGCAACAGUAGAACACGUGCACUCGGGCACAGUGCACGCACACGGCGGCUCCUCUCUGGUAUCUCUGAUUCCGUGUGCAUCGUUUGCGUUCGGUGUUCAACGUGGCAAAAUGUAACGGGAACGAACAACAAGGUUCGUUUCGGUAGAGGGUUUCGAUCGUUUCGCGUGGCGGAGCUAUCCGGGACGCGGCGUCCUGGCGGAGGAUGGGAGCCAGAUGAUUAUUGUCGUCCAUGGGAUGGCAAUAUGGCGAACAUCAAGGUGGCAGUGCGCGUGAGACCGAUCUCUGCCAGGGAGCUGAAACAAACAGGAUCCGCGGUGGUGGUUCGCACAGACCUGAACGGGAUCUCCCUGACGAACCUGAAGGUGUCCUCGAGCAAGGCUGGGGACAGUCGCGAGCGGACGCGAAGAUAUGGUUUCGAUUACUGUUUCGACUCCUCCGAUCCCGAAGCAGAAUCUUUUGCGGACCAGGCGAGGAUCUACGAGAUCCUCGGCCAGCCCGUUCUGGACGCUGUAUUCUCAGGAUACAACUCCUGUUUGGUGGCGUAUGGGCAAAGCGCUUCUGGAAAGACCUACACUAUGAUGGGAACGAAGGAGGAUCCAGGACUCACGCCUCGACUGUGCGAGGGGAUCUUCUCCAGGAUCGAGGGGAGUACCGAGAAGACCUACUGCGUUUCUGUCAGCUACCUGGAGAUAUACAACGAGAGGGUGAGGGACCUUCUGAAGCCGUCCUCGAGUACAAGCGGAUUGAGAGUUCGCGAGCAUCCUCGACUGGGCCCUUAUGUUCAAGGACUGACCCACCACGUGGUCCGCACCCUGGGUUCGUUGAUGUCCUACGUGGAAGAAGGAACGAAGGCCAGGAAGACAGCGUCGACCCUGCAGAACCCAAGCAGCAGUCGCAGCCACGCUCUGCUGACCAUCGCCGUCUCUCCAGAGUCGUCGGACCUCGCUGUCGGCAGCGGUCACUCCUCUUCGAGAAGAUCGCGAGGCGGUAGCAAGCUGCGAUUAGUCGAUUUAGCGGGCAGCGAAAGUGCGGCCACGUGCAGCGGCGUUCAUCGACUGAAGGAGGGUGCGAAUAUAAACAAGAGUCUAGUGGCUCUAGGGAACGUAAUAUCAGCCCUUGCGGAGAGAGGCUCGGCCGGAAGUGGUCCAGGCAGGAGGUUCAUCCCUUAUAGAGAUUCUUCGCUUACUUGGCUGUUGAAGGACGCACUUGGCGGAAAUGCCACUACCAUUAUGCUCGCCACAAUAUCACCCGCCAGCGGAAGUUACAACGAGACCGCGCACACGUUGCGAUUCGCGCAAAGAGCGCAGAGCGUGGUCAAUCGACCAGUGGUCAACGAGGAUCCCGUGGCGAGGGUCAUCCGUGAGCUGAGGGCGGAAGUGGCGAGGCUCAAGUUGCUCCUACUGGAAAAAAACAUCGACAGCAACGCGUGUUGCUGUUGGAAGGAUCAAGCUAAAGAUCUCGAGUACAGAGGAUUGAGAAAGGAGGAAGAAGAGCAGGACGUGGACUCGAGAUCUCGGGAGAGCCAGACGGAAACGAAGAUCGAAGAAACGAGGUCCAGGAGCAUCGUCCUCGUUCGAAGAUCCAACUCCACCGACAGCGUCGUUGGCUGCGAGCCUGGCGCCUUCCUCAAACGGUUCGGUUCGUGCGAGAUCCUCGCGAGGGAUCGUUUCGAGAGCAACUAUAACCGCGCCAAGGUGACAGAGUUGAACGACGAGGUCCAGGAGUCCGUCUUCGUCGAUAUCCCCACGCUAGUCGCGGUUCUCAUCAAGCCGGACGACUCCUUGCAAGACUCCUCGGCGCAGAUAGAGGAGAUCUGCUCGGACGAGGCGACCGAGGACGCGAUCGACGUCGAGUUCAUCGAGGCCGGGAACGAUCGCGAGGUGUUCGAGGAGCAGGAAAAGCAGGAGAGCAUCGAUGAUCGAAGCAGCUCUGUUAAUUUCUGUCACGCGUCCGGGGACAACGAGGCGUACGUUUACCGGACCUGUGAUUUACCAAACUUCUCGAGGUCAGGCUCGAACCUGAACGAGAAGCCCAGAUUUCGUAAGCAGGAUUCCGUGGACAUCCUGCCGACCUCUGUCCUAUCAAACUUACACACGUCCAAGAAAUUCGGCUCGGUUGAAACCAUCCAGAAGAAGAAGGAGCCUUUAUUUCCGUUAGAGAGAUCCCACACGAAUCUAGAGAAACGUUCGGUGGUCUCGGACAGAGCCAAGAAGCUAAACAACAUCCGAGAGAUCGACGAUCGGAAGAACGGUAGCAGGAAUGCUUGGAGAGGUAGCAAAGAUCAGCUUCAGAGAAAGAGCAGCAACGAUUCGGACAAGAGUUUGAAGGAAGCAGCUGGCCAGAUAGGAGCGAAGUCGAAGAACUACGCGAGGAAGCCUAGCUUGGAGAACCUGAAGAGGAAGACGAGCAAGGACAGUAGCUCGAGCAGCUCGAAGGACGAGCAGAUCCUCAUCUCGAAUUUAGGAAAACAGAGGAAGGACUCCCUAGAGCAAGAGUUGCCAUCCGCCAGGGCUCACACGCCUAUACAGCGUGCGAAGCGGUCUGAAAUCGUGGCUGCAGUCACGGAGAGGCUGUACGCCAGUAGAAAAGCUGCCGAGGAAGCUUCCGGUGUCCGAUCUCCUCCAGAGAGCAUCGAAGGUAAGUCGGUUGCGAAGAUGAAGCUUCAGGAGAUCUCGAGAAAGAUGCUGGGCAAACGAAGACGUGUCUGCGUGGACACGCAGACUGAUAUCGUAAGGACCGUUCGCACGAAGGACACCGCGUCCUUGACCGAAACGCCCCAGGUGAUCCACCAGGACGUUGGAGUCCUGACGGACGAUCACGAAGUCUACGAACCGUUCGACAAUCAAAGAACACCCGUUCUUCGAGUGAAAGAGAUCGCCACCUCGACCGACAAGCCCAAAACGAGCAUCGUCAGGUGCAGAGACGUCGCCAGUCUGGCAAACGAUCUAGAAGAGUUCGACUACGAGAUCCACUCCCCUCGAAACGAUUCAGGGAUCCUGUCGGACGAUACCCAGAACUACGCAGAGAGCAAUCUAUCCAGCACGGAGGUGUCGGACAUUUGCCAGGAGGCAGACAGAAGAAUACACACCGACAGCUCCACCAACACCCUCUACUCGUCCUGUCGCAGCUUCGCCGUUCAAACCCCUCGUCUAGAUCCUCAGCAUCGACGAAAAGUCGAGAACAAAGCUCCGGUAUGUUCCAGGCAGUGCUGCAAUCCCGCUCCAGAGCCUCAGAACCGUUCUCCGGUCGACAAUCCCGAGAAAAGCGUCAUCUCCAUAUCUCUACCUGACACGAUCAACAUCACGAUCGAGAGUAGCAGCGGCCUCGAGUCCAGGAUCGCCGUAAUGAGCAACCUUGAGCAGGAAAAGCAGAAGUCGAACACGAAAGACGGGGAAGUCCAAACAGACGCGUUCAACGACGUAGGUAACGAGGCGUUCCGUUCGGACCUCGCAAGAUCCACGCUCAGUCAGACCGACGGCAGGGUGUUCAGGAUCGAGAACAUCUUUCAGGAUCCUAACAACGCGUCCAAGGUCUCCAAAGCGAACGUGACCGCGGAGGGGACGAGGAUGAGGAAUUCCAUUACUCUGAGGAAUUCACUGGGGACUUCGUACGUGUCCCAACCUAAGAAGAGCGAAGACCCUGGCUCGUUGGCAUGCGGACGUCACGGUGAAGGAUUUAUCAGGGAUGGAUUAAUCACGGAGGCGUUCAUCACCAAGAAGCGAAGCUUCAAUUUCAGAAGGCCUAGCGCUGCUGUUUACGACGAUCAGUGGAGGAAGUGGGCGACUCCUGAGCCAGUAAACACGAUUCGUUCUAUCGAUUACGCGAGAGGAUUAGAAACUAUACCAGCCACUUGGCAACUGGGGCCCAGCGAGAUUCCGGUAGCCGGUUUCGCUGUGUCCUGCGCGAACUGUGCGAACUCCGCGGAAAACGGUGGGACGUUGCAACAAUACCAGACGAGCGCCAGCGAUGUUACGAAUGGAGAGACGUCAGAGGCGAAGCCUUCGUUCUUCACGGUGCUGGAGACAAACAACAACGUGGAACACGAUCACAGUUUCUCCGACGACAGUCUGGACUACAACGAAAGCAACGCGUUCAGCCAGGCGAUGACGACGAAGCCAAAGCAAGCGGAUUCUCGCGAACAACGAGAGAGCCUGUGCCCACCUGAUGUCGUAGCUCAUACGAAAAAGGAUUGUCCCAAGUCAGUGAGUCCUGAAAACGUCGAAUUGGUCGACACGGACGACACCCACCUGGAGCUGCCUAAGAUGAAGCUCGCAGAGUCGACGGAGAUCGUUCAGAUACACGAUUACGAGUCGUUGAUUCUGGGCAGACCUUGUUACAGUUACGAAGACGUCAACGAGGAGCUCGACGCUCCGUCCAAUCGAGAAAGCAGCGCCGGGAAGAAGAAGGUAUCGUUCUCGAGUUUCAGCGUCCCCGAAAACAGGGUAGUUCAGGCUCGAGAGGACUCGAGGCAGGGUUCGCAGGCUAUUUUGAAGUCCAUCAUCAAAAAGAAGAAGAAGAGAAGUUCGCCGGAGUCGUCGAGUGCCGUUCAAUCGUCCAAUGACGAGACCGACGAUUCCCAGCAGGGUGAAAAGAGCAGCUUGACAUCGGAGAGCGAUUGGAGAGAGGAGAUACCGUCGACCAGCUUCGAGGAGAGGGAUGGUCAGGGCUCGGUGGACUUUGGAAGGGACUCGAAACAGAAGAAGGUGAAGUUCUCCGCGGAGGAGUUGUCGGAGAACACGUGCAGCGAGUCUGACAGCUGCGAGAACGCCGAGGACGACGAGGAGGAUCUAUCGUACGAUCGAGCGACGAGGAACAUCAUCGAGGAGUACCUCGGCGAGGCGGCGACCUUCAUGAGGAACCUGAACUCCAUCAACGAGUACGUGAACAUCGCGGGAAUGCUGCAGAGGUGCACAACAUCCACGCCUCCCGAACGAGCGAGAAAACGAGGGACCCGUCGCAGAAGCUGCUCCUCUGCAUGGAAUCGCGAUCAUGCAGAGUUCAUGGAACGCAAGACCAGCCCCAAGGACGAUAUCGACGUCAACCUGAAGGAUACCGAUGGAAUCCUUUCCACAGAUGCGUACGAAAGGUGUCUAAAGGGUAUUCAGAGUCUAGAGGGGUGCAUUCGGCGUGUAGGCAAGCACAACGAGUUGCUUCGAGAGAAAUACGGUGUCAACUGCGAAUCUGCUGGCGCUAGACUGGAUUUAGCGAGUCCUAGCACGGAUCGUACACCUACGGCGAGCAAAGGCUUCGCGGUUUCUCGUGAAACAGACGUCCCCUUCGUUGGAGGUUCCAGCGUUACCAAAGAGUCCAACAGGAGAAACGAAGAGGAUGACCUGGAGAAGAGAAUCUUUGAUCAGUUGAUGAACGUGGCCAAUUCGGCUCGUUAUCGAGGCUCGGGGAACUUGCGAAACCGUUUCUCCGAUCUGUCCGAUCUCAAGUCGCCAAGUUCGAGCGCUUAUUCGAAAUUUCGGCAGGAUCGCGCGACGAAGGAGCCAUUUCGCGGAGACGUAAGAGGAAGCUUCGACCUCGACGAGACUUCUCCGGACAACGACGAAGCGCAGGACUUCACCAGGUACGAGAUCACGGGGAACCUGUCGGUGGCGAGGACUGGCUCGAGCCAAGGGAACGUCGACGACGAUUUGGAGGACGAGUUUCUACCUUUGAGAAGAUUCGAUCGCGCUUUCUGGUCGGUCGACGCGACGAGUGUCGAAAAGAGAUUGCAAGGUGAUUCGCCGGGCCCUAACAGAAGUUCCACGAUCGACUCUGGAAUCGAUGACAGUUUCUCAUUGGAAAAAUUGAAUUCAGGGACGAGUUUUCCAGUGCAACGCCCUUGGACUGCUGAUACGAGGGACAGGUUUCGCGAAAUCGAUUGUUCGCGAAAAACUAGAGACGAUACGAAAUUGUGCGGGUGUUCCAGAGAUCAGUCGGACCCUGAGAGCUCGAGCGACGUCGCAUACUUUAGGGACAAAUUGAAACACCCUGGAAGCCCCAGGGCGCGAUUCCUGGAGCUUCUGAGAGAGAGACGACGGAUAGUCGAGAGCAGCAGAGGCACGAGUGCCUCUUGAACGUUGCGAUCGUCUCGUCCAAUUGUAAAUUGUAUUUGUUACAUAUUUUUCUAUUGCAGCGCGAUCCUCUGUAAAUAACAGAGUCAGAAUUUUGUAACGUUUGUCACUGCACUCGAAGAUUUCAACUCAUCUUCGCUUCUCCUCUGUAUCAGUCGCGUCACUCGUCUUGGACACGAUGCUAAGAGACCUUCCUUAAAAUUCUGCAGCAACUAUUCAGUGGGACAGAUAUUCUCUUGGAAGUCCACUGACAAUGAGAUCGCCUCGGUCUGUGAAACCGCAUGAGUCAUGCACGAGUCAGGUCAGUUGACCCAAGAUUAUGGAACUUCCUUGAGGUAAAUAUUUAUUUUUAAUGGACGGACUUAUGUAAUUUUGUUUUCUUAUCGAGUUUAUCGCUGUUAUUAGCGGCUAUGCUCUCUAUCAAACACAAGAAAGUGAAUUCGGGCUAUCUAUGUUUCUAGGCUAACAAACGUUUGUUCAUGUUUGGAACAGCUAAAAUCUAUAAUUUUAUGUGACUCACAGAGUCCACUCAAUUUACGAAGGUACAGUGGGUGUAGAAUGUAUUCGUAUACCGAUCGAUUUUCUAAGAAACUUUUGUGCGAAAUUGUAGUUUAUUCAUUGAUUUCGACCAUCACUAGAAUAUAUAUAUAGUCCAAACGAAAAUUACUGGCUUAUAUAAUUUGCGAAAUUAAUAAGAAAAUUGAGCUUGUAACAUAAACACAUCACUUUACUGCUUCGUACGAAUUACAAAGCAUCAAAUUUCCAAUAAAGAAGUCCAGUCGCACGUGUUCGAGACGAGUAGAAACGGUUGUUACCGAUACCUGGGACAGUAACGAUCCGUACGUCGCACUUUUUCACCUGGUCCACUGAGAAAUACAGCUCGUCGAUAAAUGAACCUCCUCCGCUCGAUCGGCGCGAUAUUCGACGGUUAAGGUAGCGAAGGAAAAUAGGAAGGCGCAAUGCACGUGCUGGCGAACGCAUAAAAAUCGACGAGGUCGAGGCUCUUGACGCAGUUAGAUCCGACGUCGUGCCUUUUUGUCGACGCAUAUCUGCCUACCUGGCAAACAAGGAUCGUUACGCUUGCAUCAGCAUCAAAGGCAAAUACGAUGCGCCGAGCGACGGUCACGCGUCGUCAGUUUUCACGGUUUCCCGCGUGUUUUCCGCCAUCAACUGUUCGGUUAAACGUCGACCAAGUUGUAUCAUCGAUUAUCUGGAAUCGUCCACGUGUACGUGUUUACGGCGUGAAUUUUUUUUUUUCCGAAACAUCAACUCCGAGAUUAACCGGGUGAUGAAAAGCCAAUCAUCGACAUCGCAUGUUUACGCGUUUGUAAAUAAUGGAUCGAAAUAAACAACUCGAACGAACGAUGUUUUUACCAUUAAUGCGGCCUUAACCAAUCAAAGUA